AUGGACUCCAAGACGUCGAAUGCCGAGCGCACGGCUCGGUACGUGCACGAAGAGAAGCUCAAGCAGAACGUGGCCGGACAGACGGACACGAAACUGCCAUGUCGAUGGUUUCUCGAUCGUUCAUUCUACUGCGUCACGCCUGGGAACCAAAUGGAGCACUUUUACCGGUACGGCCAAGUAGACGAGUGCAAGUUCACGUGGAAAAACAUGUACCUGUGCUUUCGAUCCAGCAUGAUGGACGAGGAAAAGCGGCAGCAAUUUCUCAAGGACACGCCACUAGAUGCGUCCAAAGGUCCACACGUUACGGACGUGUGGGAGUCAAAAGAGACGCCUGGCUGGUAG